GAGCUACCGGGACAACACGCCGUCUUCCCCGGGCCUCGAGUACGGAGCAAGAUUCUUAGCUUCCCUGCCGCCUCCGCUGCUUGCUUAAAAUUCCAUCCCUCGGUCCUGGAAGGUCCUUUUCAUAUUAUGGUUAGGUGUAUACUUGGAUGAAGCAAUGCGAGAGAUUCGCAAGGCCGAGUUUGGCGGAUUUUGUAACGGCUAAGUCCGUAUUUCUGGUGCUUGAUGGCAUGGACUAUACGAGCAAGGCAAUGGCCAAGAAAAAGUACGGCCAUAAGAACAACUGCAAGGUUUGCGUGUACGUGGCACUUGGGAUGUUGCUUGGCAUCUUUGUGGCCGUACUCACCAGGAAGCUUCUCUUACCCUGUGGGAUGGGACUGCCGGAGUGCUGUAACGGCAGGAAAUUCAACUGGCUACCCAUGUCGAUGACAAAACGAAAAACGGCGGCAGAUUUUGUGGAGCCACUUUCUUCCCGAAAUGAAGUCAAACUACAACCGGACACGGGUAACACCCCCCGUGAAGAAAGUGUGGCAAAGUCUGACCAUUUCACUAAAGGUUUUAUUCUCAUUGGGGUUAUGACAGCGCAGAAAUACCUCAGUACUCGCGCCUUGGCUGGAUUCAGAACUUGGACAAAAACCAUCCCGGGUAGAGUUAUAUUUUUCUCAAGUGAAGGAUCAAAGAGCGACGCCGGCUUGCCGCUUGUUGCCCUGCCCGGCGUGGACGAUGCUUACCCGCCCCAGAAAAAGUCCUUCAUGAUGCUAAAGUACAUGCACGAUCAUUUCAUCGACAAAUACGAAUGGUUUGUUCGGGCGGACGAUGAUAUUUACAUACGAGGGGAUAAGUUAGAGAAGUUUCUGCGGUCUGUCAACAGUUCCAAACCCCAGUUUAUAGGACAGGCUGGCAUCGGAAUGAAAGAAGAAAUAGGGCGGCUCAGUUUGGAUGUGGACGAAAACUUUUGUAUGGGGGGCCCCGGGAUUGUGUUUAGUCGGCAGACGCUAACUCGUGUGGCUAAGAACACUGACUAUUGUCUGAAACAUUUCUACUCCACACACGAAGAUGUAGAAGUGGGGCGCUGUGUGCGGAGGUUCGCGGGCAUCCCCUGCACGUGGGCUUUUGAGAUGCAGCAUCUGUUUUAUCACAACUACCGUGAAGAGAAGGGCAGCUUCACCCACACUUUGGGACUGAAGGAGGUCAACCGUGCCAUCACACUGCACCCGGUGAAGGAGCCUAGGUAUCUGUUCAGGAUGGACAAGUACUUCAAGUCGCGGAAGAUCAUGGAGCUGUUCCAACGGGAGCUGACACUUCAUAGGGAAAUGGCAAGCCUGAGCGCUCUGAUUGAUGCCAGGGGAGACGAGGAUAACAUGCCUGACCGGACUACACCUAAACAAGGUCUGCAGCCAUCCCUGAAUAAGUAUGUCCCACAGCGUCCAGAAGACGUACUGCCCUGGGAGUUCAUGGCAAAAUCAGUAUUUUCUCAUUCCAGUGCCAAUCCAUCGCGUGGCAUUGAACUCGCUUUACGACAGUCUCUAGAUGACAUUGUUAUGCAAAUUAUGACAAUGGUCAAUAAAAACGCCAGACAGAGAGGCAGAACAAUAGACUUUAAAGAAAUUCUGUAUGGUUAUCGUAGGACUAACCCAUUAUAUGGGGCAGACUAUGUGCUUGAUUUGCUUUUGAUAUAUCGGAAGCACAAAGGGCGUAAAAUGACGGUCCCUGUCCGUCGUCACGCCUACCUUCACCAAACAUUUUUGGAAAUGCAGUUUGCUGAAGAAGACCUGUCAGGGGAGACUACCCUUACAAAGAUAACAGAACCACCGAGUUUCUUUGAUACUGUGCGGAGCAAACUGGGCUUUAGGUCUAGCGCAAGUUCACUGUUAAAUAAAGCGCCCAAGGAAACGAUACAUUUCAUUCUCCCAUUGUCAGGGCGCUACGACAUAUUCAAACGUUUCAUGGCUAACUUUGAGAAACAAUGCCUGAAGCUUGGGGAGCCUGUAUUUCUUCAUGUCAUACUGUACAAGUCGAGUAACACUGCAGAAUCGGACAAAACUAUCGCCUUAGUCCACAAAUACCAGCGACUUUACCCUGCAGGCAAAAUGGAAGUUGUUCUCGCUUCCGGCACUUUUUCCAGAGGGGCAGGGCUAGAUCUCGGUGUUCAGCUCUGUGCAAACAACUCACUGCUCUUCUUUGUUGAUGUUGAUAUAUAUUUCACCGCUGAAUCUGUGCACAGGAUACGUGUCAACACAAAGCGCGGUAAACUGGCAUAUUUUCCCAUCGUCUUCAGCCAGUAUGACUUUGAGACUGUGCCAGGCUGUUCAAACUCAUCUGGGACAAUCCCACUUUGUGGGUGGAGCAACCUUGACAAAAUAACAAGCGAUUACGGCUACUGGCGUCUCUUUGGUUAUGGGAUAGCCAGUGUGUACAAAUCUGAUUACAUGGCUGUCGGUGGCUUCGACAAAAACAUCCACGGCUGGGGAAAGGAAGACGUUGAUUUGUUCCAAAAAUUUCUUACCAGUAAUAUGACAGUGUUUCGUUCGAUAGAUCCAGGACUGAUUCACAUAUUUCAUCCAAUCAGGUGCGACCCGGACCUGGAACCAUCACAAUACCGGAUGUGCACCGGGUCAAAAGCAUCGAGCUACGGAUCUGUAGCCCGCCUGUCCCAAAUUAUUCGCGACACUCCAAACUUGAUUGACACUGCUGGUAACUUGUCUGAAGGGAAAGAGGCUUCUUGACCAGAGUUUGUGUUAGUCUAGGGAUUUCUGUCUGUUUGACUGGGUUGUACAUUUAUUAGUAGGUAUCAUUAUGCACACCUUUAAUUCAUACGUGUACGUGCAAACUUGGUUAAAAAAUGAUCAUCAGAAGUUGUUCUACAUUUCAAGUUCCGUUAUGUGUUUGAACAUGUAUAUGUGUUUAUGAUACUGAUUAUGCAAACAGCUUUUGGUGAAGAAAAGCUUCAUUCUUUUCAUCUUUUGUCAGGCUCAUUUCUACAUCUUCUACAUUUUUUUAGAUUUCUACAUUUUCUGGGGCCCUGAACAGAAGUACAUGUACUGUACCCUCAGAAAAGAUGUCAUGUGUCCAAAAUUGGAUGAUAAAGGGGCGUAACUCAAGCAAAGCAUUAAACAGUUAGGUCCCUUGUUUUGGGGAUGUCAAUCAUGACGCAUUUGUCUUCACACAUGAAUAUUUAGAGCUGAAUUGGAAUGUAUGAACAGAACACUUUCAAAUUCUACAGCUUUAGAGCACGGCCUUAAGAAACACUGCUUUAAAUUUUUAUUGCAGAAAAAAAGAAAGAGAUAGUACUGAGGAUGGAGAGAAAAUGAAAGUGAAACUUUGCACAAGAAAUUUUGUGUAUUUUUAUUUGCGAAUCUCACUUUUUGUGGUGAUAGGUGUUCGCAUAAAGUUGCUGUGUAUAUCAUAAAACAUUUUUAUACUAAAUGUGUAAAUUCAUUUGCUAUUUGCUUGUACUUUACCAUUGCAAUUCUUUCCAUCUGUCAGUGUAUAGAGUACUUUCAAGCCCAAGUUGGUAAUUUCAUGGUCCAUUGUACAAGCAUGUUUAUACAUCCCAUUCCUGUAACAACUUCUUUGGAACAGAUCUGUUUUAAACAGUGUAAGAACAAAAAUUUAGCAGUUUUCUAAGAUGAGUGGUCAAAUGUUCUUGGUGGACAUUGGCUUCAUGUAUAUCUUCCAACUUCUGCAGUAUGGCCACAUAAUUUAUAUUUACAAAAUUUUUAGCGGUAUUUUGAGGUAUUUAAAAUUUGUUGCAGGGCUUUCAAACCCUGCUGGAGAACACCAUCAGAUCUGAAAUCUUACCGGGAUAUGAUUGGCUUGUCUAUCCGACUUGCAGUAUUAUUGUGUAAAGCAGACAGGAACAAGUUGACAGCCUUUUGCGUCAUGUUUCCUGCCCAAUUCAUAAUCCAAGGGGCGUCAUCCUGAAUUGGAGCAUUCAAGCUUUACACCCGAGUUUAUGGGCGAUUUGAAAGCUUGUAAUGUACCGAAAUCCAGAUAUAAGGGAGGCAAUAAGGAAAAAAUGUUACCUCCUUGAGGGAUGUGUGAAAAUUGUUUGUCAACCCC